AUGGCAAUAAACCACGGCCUUCAAAGCACAGCCAAGCGCCACUUACUGCUGAGUGCUUCUCUGGUGGUUGGACGAGAUUACUCUCAAAACAAAGUGUGGACAGGUUGAUUAAUAGGAGGGUCUGCAGAGGUGCGUGCUGCAGUAUAUUUUCACGCCUGGCGAACACUCGUUCAUUUCACUCGCAUGGACUUUUAUGGGGUGAUCCUGUCACUGUACGAGUUUGUCACUUCAUAAAAACGAUCCCCCUCUUUGCGCGCCUUUUAGUAAAAACUUAUCAGAGCUGUUACAGACUUGUUGUUUUAAUGUCAAAGUCGGCUCUGUGACUUAAAAGGGCAACACAUUCCUCUUACUAUAUUAGUCCACAGCUGAAUUAGAGGGUAGGGACCUGUUACUUAUUCCUAAUCUGCACCACAUAUGACACAUACCAUAAAAACAUGUAAAUCAGGAUUAGAAUCGGAAUCAGAGAUUGACUGGUGCUAAGUUCUUACUGUCACGAUUGUGUCAAAGCUGCUUAGGUACAGACUCUGGUCACAUUUAUGUCGGCUGAACUGGAGCGAAGACAGGUAGAAACUUUGUGAGAGGCAAAGACAAGACAGACAUUGCACCAGGGUGGGACCUUCAAUCUCGAUGAAAUGACCUAGUCCGCAGCGGCAAUGAUGAGUAGGCUGGGGUUGAUUGCAGGGGUGUAGGGGAGGGAGGGGAGGGGAGCUGGUGGCAGUGUGCUGUGCGGUCACCCCCUCAUCACAUCAGAUCACAGGGUUCUAAUUAACUUCAGCGCCACAUCAGACUGCAAUCAGCAGAACCACAGAGGAAAUGAGUUUUUUUUUUCUAUGGCGUUGGAAAGCAUGGCGUAAAAAUGCAUAUUAGCCUUGUGUUUUUAAUUAACAUUUUGUGCUUAGGAAGCAUGUUAACAGUAUCCCUUAAUGAGCUUUGUGGAAAACGAGCCCCACAGAGGACAAAGGGCAACUUCCCCUGUGUUUGCUGAUGUGCUGUUCUUUAUUCUAAUGCAAUGAGAUUAGUAAUCAUUGUUUAACUCCUCAUUCAAUGUUCCCUCCACAUAAUCCCCACCACUACUAUUGUCUCUGUGGAGUAGGACAUUAGCUGUGAUAAACCCAGGCCUUUAUUUAUUAGAGUGUUGGCUUGUGGAAUGGAGAUCUGUCUAGAUUUGGUUCUACUUUACUGUGUGCAUUUGUUGCAUUGGGCUCCUCAAUGCAGUCCUUACACGACUAUCUUCACUUUGUUUACCACCACUCUACGCACAACUCUAACUAACCUUGCUUCAUUUUCCCCACAAAAAAUACAGAUUAUAACUUUAAUUUGAUUCCUUGGAUUGGACCUGGGAUUUCAUAUGAGUUAUUUUUUUCACUGAAGGACCAUGAACUCAUUACAACUUCAUAACAUCAGUUGACUUUUAAAAUAAAUGUGAUCAUUACAUCCAAACAGGUGACAGUGACUCUAAUUAGGGGUGUCCCGGUACAAUAUAGAUAUCGGAUAUCAGUCCGAAAUCAGCAAAAAACGAAAUCUAAAUUCUCCGAUAUCAGCACUUCAAUACAAGCAGUCCAUUCCAGACUCCGCUCCAGCAUCUCUAUCUAGCAGCGCCAUGAUCCAGCAUGCAGAGCCCACAUAAUCACAACAACAGUAUGAACUAAGGUACGAACAAAGUAGCAAGGAGUAGGAGUGAUGUUGGUCAUGUGGCAGUAUUUUACGUCUAAUUCCGAAAAAGACGUUGCAGCUGAGAGCAAAACUUGUCAUGCACAAUUUUGUGGCAAUAUCAGAUCAAUAUCGGUAUCGGUCAGUAUUGAAUGCUACAAUAUCGGUAUUGUAUCGGAAGUCAAAAUGUUGUAUCGGGACACCCCUAACUCUAAUGCAGAUAAAUGGUCAGCUGAUUCAUAAAAACUCUGAUUCAUGGCUCUUCUUUUCUGAACCUGUGCCACUCUGCUAGCGUUGCUUAAUUUAAUCGAGUUCUCAUCCAUAAACCUGGCUCCUGAAUUGACCUUUUCCAGUCUUAUCCUCAACCGCUUUUGGCCUCUGAGUGUUUGUAACUUAACUAUGAGGCUCAUAAUGGUAUAAGAUUUACACUUUGGGAAGAGAUUUUUGUUGUCAGUAACUUAAAAUGACGAUUUUCUUGUAGUAUCCAACUUUUUCAGUAUUUGUUCAUUGUGAGAACCCAGCUUGUCACCGCACUUCUUGCAGGGCUCGUGAACACUUUUCCCUCAUAGACCUUAAAGUAUUUGUCUCUCCUCCUAACAACUUGCUGAAAUUUUGGAGAUCCUGUCAAUGGCUGCCAGCUCCUUGCUGGUUUAUUUAUUCCCUCUUGCAUCUCCCUAGCUGGUCACUUAUUUGUUUUCCACAGUGUCCUUGUGUGUUAUAAAUGGGACAGGCCUGUCACUUCAAUGCUGAGAGGAUGUUUUGAGUUCCUUGUGAGAUUUUUAUUUAUUUAAUUUUUGUUAGCGCAGAGCAGUGAAUAAUGCAUCUCAACCUGCUACAUGUACUGUUUUUAUCAUUAGCAUGCAGCCUGAGUUAUCUGUAGAAUACUUAUGAGUACCGGCGAAAUGUUUGUGAUGUUAUUUAUUUAUGUUGCUCCUUUCAAUUAUUCAUUUGUUUAUUUAUUCAUGGAAGAACUAACUGAAAUUGGAAAAUUCAUUUUUGCUGAAGGGCACUUGGCCCCACUCUAUCCGCUCCCUACACAAAGGGAAAGGAGGGGGUGGCACAUCUUGUUAGUAAUUGCUUUAUGCGGUGUUCCUUUAGACUCACCAACGGAUGUCAUUUUUAUCUGGGUAGAUGGGUCAGCUGACAGGAAAAGAAAGACAGGAGGGGAAACAAGUGAGUAGGAGCAUAAAGGUGGAAGGAGCAUGGAGGGAAAAAUAGAGAUGAGGCCCGUUCGGAGUUUUUCCUUUUCUUGAGAAACCCAGAAUUUAUCUUGGUCAGAGAACUGAGCUGAGGUAAUAUACAGCGAUAGGUGGGUAAAUCAAAUUUUCUGAACAUCUAGACAGGACUCUACAGGUUGGACCCGAGGCAAAGGGUUCAGAUAGAGAGUGAACAUAAUAAGCCGCAGUUGCCUCUGGUUGUAUCCCUGUCUUCACGCUCUCCUUGCCCCUCUGUGUUAUUGUGUGCUCACUGUGUUUUCUUUAAUUAUAUGGAGUGGGAUUUUGUUCAAUUUCACACUUGCACAAACAUGCAGCAAUUAUUCCUGAUAAGUGAUAACAAUUCACUGAACUUUCUAUGAGUGUUUGUGUGUGUGGCCAAGCGUGCGUUCCAGUUUGUGUCUCUGUGGCGCCAACUUUGGCCUCAUGUCACAAACUGCUCAGGGACAUAGAACUCCAAUUAGCAUUAUAAACGUAAACGGAAAACAAGGUUUGCGGGUUUAUAUACAUUCACGAGCAUCUCUGAUAAUUUAUCACCUGCUUAUUUUCACACUUUUGCGUGUCUCUGUGUUUGCAUGUAUAGGUAGCGGUGAUGGAGUCUACACUGAGGCUGUGCGUGCUGAUCCUGCAAACAGAAGUGAAGAAUCUCCUGACUGGUUGGAGGAGAGACAGCAGCUUUGGAUAGAAAGGUACAGUUCGCAUAUCCAGGAAAACUCAAAUAUGGAGACUUUUAUUGCACAUGUCAGAAGGUCAACUUUUAUACCACACCAGAAAAUGACUCAAUGUAAAUGAAGGGUAAAAUAGUCACCAGCAUUUAUUGUUUUAAAGUAAAUAUUUCACUGUCUGAAGUAAACAGUAAAUAGAACAUUGCAAAAAGUACCCGUAUUAUUAUAUGGUUAUAGUUCCUGUAGAAUUGAACCUGCAUUUAAGGGUUAGGGUUAGGACAUAAUUUUACGGCUAAUCUGUAAAAGAAGACAACAAACCUUAUUGUUUAGCUCCAUAUUUGGUCUCUACCAGAUCUUCAGGGACACGUGUUACCUGUGAGCAUAGACUGUAUACAGAAUUGACGCCGUCUGCCUCCUCGCUGGGUGAAGCCACCCCGAGAACAGCACCCUCUGGUGGCAGGCUGCAGUAUAGGUCAUAAAACCCGCCUCCUCCAGUAAUCCCUAUGGAGCCGUGGACAAACUUAAGAAAUUAAUUACAUAGAAUAUACAUUUUCCUCCCCCCUGGUUGCAAGGUUGACAUGUAGUUAAGACUGGUUUGUUCUCAAGUCCUCUUUUUUCUGUACAGCUCCAUUUUCAAAAGUUAUCAGGAGGUUCAUGUUUUCUAUGAUCGACACUUGAUACAGCCUAUGGGCUGACGGAGAUUGCGUAGCUCACCGGAGGGGAUAUGCUGUUUGGGCUGAGCGUCAUCACAGCGACUCUCGGUGACUCUCCAGCCGAAUAUGUACAACGCUACCAUGCAAUGUUGAUUUCAGGAAGUGGAGAACAAACCCAGGAAUACCAAGAGCUCUUUGGCUUCAAGUCCAUGUACUAGCAGUAGGCGGAACCAAGUUGUCCAUAGUGUAUACAGACUAUGCCUGUGAGCUGCUAAGUACUUUUCUGUGGUCAUUUUAUUUUUGCUAACUUUGUUUAUCUACUGAGGAGAUAGUGAGUAAUGCAUUUAUAAAUACAUUUUCUAUGUUUACAGCUGCCUGCUUUGGAUGACAGUUGAAGACACGGUUUACAACAGAAAGUAUUCUGGACAGAUUCAUGAAAACAGUCCACUCAGAUGCUCACAAAGCUGAGUUUAACCGAAGAGCGGCUCUCACUGGGUUCAUCAGAAAAGCCUUUUUUUUCAUACACGAAGCCACGUGAUGAACUUUACAAGAAUAAAUCACAUGUAGUCUUCUGUUUUGCGUGGACAAAUUACCACGAGCUCUCAGUCUAAUGAGGUCUGUUUAAGAUGCAACAGGAGCCGACCUCCUGAGGGUGGUCAGGCGUGUCACGCUCUCUUCUUCAAGGUGUCAACAAACAGUGCACAGCCAAUGAAUGACAAUUUAUAUCAUUUAAUUAAAGCCGGCUUCUCUUGGCACAGUUAAUUUAUUGCAAUCCUGUUUAUGCACCUUGAUUGUUUCACAAUAUAGUUUUUUUUAAUUAGCCCAGAUUGAUUAAAUUUCAUUGAUUCUGAUCCUUAUUAAAAUAAACCCCCUGUUGCUCUUCUUCCUUAUUUUUCAUAAUUAAUGGUACAGUGUGCUGCUCUGGGGGAGGCGCUACCUCCAGAUUUUGUAAUCAGAGCAAUGGUUAGAAUUAUUUAUUGUGCUGGCUGUCAAACAGUAUCACGUUGACAGGCACUUUAUGAGUUUAUGAAGGUGUUGUGCCACGCAGAGUGAUAGAUGAGGAUGUGUGGAAGUGCUGCAGACUUAAUGGGCCAUAAGCUGGCCUCACUCGUUAUGUUUCAUUUAAGUGUUGGGAUCAAGCCUCCAGAUUUUUGUCUGUCCAUUCACCUAACACUGACCUUGUCUGUUUGGUGUGUAACACAGGGACGCAUGCGUACACUCUCGCGCCUUCUAGCACUGAAUCUCAUUUCUUGCGCUCUUUUUAAUUUUGAUUGAUGACUCCGUUUAUCUCUGGAAUAACAAUCCUCUGAUACCCCCCAACACCUCAUCCACAGCCACCCUCUCUCUCCACAUUGCAGCCCCUCAUACCUUUUCCCAUCACUCCCCUACUAUGAAAAUGAUAUUAGAAACAAAAUGAGAUUUGAAAUUUUGUGUUUGACAAGCAGCUUGAUGAAAGUGUUUCAUAGCCGGGCUUGAUCCAUGGAAAUUUUAUGCUAAUAAUACUGCUGGCCAAGCAAUCUAGUGGGAAAUUAAUCAGGGUGCAGGAUGGAUAGGUGGAGAGGAAAGGAAAAGGAGGAGAGAGAGGAAGGUAGGUUGCUCCAUAAACACCCUUCCCCCCUCCUCAGUUUCAUUCCCUCUCCCCGGCUCUGAAUCUCAUCAGAAAUAGCCAUGGGGUGUUGUCUGUGUGAUGGGGUAGGGAGAGAAAUUGGGAGUUAGAAAAUUACACUGCAGCUUAGCACUGAUUGAUGCAGUAAUGUAUGCAGUAAUGUAUGCAGCCAUGCAGCGAGCUGCCGUAUUAUAGAUUAGACCUCUUUCCUUCUCAAGCAGUCCCCUUCUGCAUUAGAGACACACACACACACACACACACACACACACACACACACACACACAAACACUGGCGUUUAGAAAUGGAUACACACCUCUUUAGCCAUGUCUCUCCUCCUGUUAUUAUUCUAUUUACUCUGUUCAGCCUUUGGUGCUGUCUUUUCUGCGUUUAUCAUUUUCUUCUUUCUCUGUGUGUGUGUUUUUGUGGGUGUGUGUAUCUCGAGCUAAUCCAACAGACAGCCUUAAUGUGUUUGUUCUUCUCUGUCCUUUUACAAACACACAUACACACACACUUUUCUUCUCUGUAUUUAUUCUCCUCUUCUCCAAACCCUAGGAGUCAUCAUUACACCGAGUCACUAAUGAAGUCAUUAUCAGAUUUCACUCGUUUAAAACAACACAAUUAGUACCCAGGCUUUAAUGAUGUUUGCAAGUUAAAUGCAAACUAAUCGCUUUUUUCCCCAUUUCUCCGACUCAUUUCCUGUCUCCCAGCUUGCCGCUCAGUAGGAAUAAAGAGAGUAAAUGAAUCACCAAAGUGUUUGGUGGAUGUGGGUGUGUUUGUGGGCACACAUUUCUCAACCAUGUUACAAGUCUGUGUGAUUUAUUAUUUUUACCCUGAGAGACAUCUGUAACAUCGUUCCUUAUUUUUGUAAUGCAUCAUCAGCCAGAGGAAAAACAAUAUUAUCCAGUCUAGGAUAUUGUACUCUGGAGUCUAAUAAUCUAAUGUACACCAGAGCUGGUGUCAUUAAAGUGCCAGCGGAGCUGUAGGGAAAUGGUAGGUAAACAUCUGUCUGUCUAUGAAACCCCACUGGUGCUGCUUCUCCAUCCCACCAAGUUCCCCAACACAAACACACACAUGUGAGAGCAAAACCCAAACUCUGAUGCUCAGCUCAGGUUGUUGUUGUCAGAGCAGAGUAGCCAGCAGGAGGCAGAGGGGAGGAACUGAGCGGGUGUUAGCAUAGCCAACACCAGCUAAACUGUUUUUAUAAAAGACUCCAGAGCCAUAUGAGGCUUUGUCAGCGGUGUGCGUCUGGUCUGAAUCAUAACAUAACACAAAAUCUCCAUGUUUAAUAUCCAGUUUGGCUGUAAUCAACCAAAGAAAUUCUUGGUUGACUAAAACCGGCUGAACAUUGCUCGGGACAAGGACACUCUUCAAUCUUCCUGUCUCCAGUCGGUCUCCCGUGGGUUGGGCAAAUCCAAAACGGUCAAAACAAGGAGGGUGCUCUGAGACAGGCUGUUACCAUAGACUGUACACACUAUGGACAACUUGGUUCUGCCUUCUGCCAGUAUACUGAGUUUAAGCCAAAAAUCUCUAGGUAAUUUCACGUUCUUUCUCAAUUUCCUGAAACCAACAUUGCGCAGCAGCGUUGUACCCACUACACCACUUAUGCAGUAGCAUUGAACGCAUCCGGCGGGAGAGUCACCGAGAGUCGCUGUGACGACGCUCUGCUCAAACAGCGACUUAACAUAUACCGACCAUUAAGUUGACUAGUCCGUUAGGACUUUCCAGCCCUAAUAUCCAGUUAAUUUUUUUUAUGCUCUGUGAACUAAUUCAUCCAUUUAUUUUUUACUUUCACUCAUAUCUCCUACUGCUGUAGACUCCAUUUUUCUAGUCCACCGUGUGCGUAUUGGUUGCACAAGAAAGCAGAUGACUAUGUAAAGAAACAUGGUUAUAAGGGGUAGAAAAAGAAAGGAGGUUAACAUAAAGGAAUAAAAUGGUCAGGGUUUUGCAAUUGUGGCUGUUGUUGUCAAACUCAAUACACAAACUAUUAUUUAUCCUUACAUCACAAUGCCUUUAACUCCAGUCUGUUUACAGUACUGGUCAUAUAAAGAAAAACAGACACAAUGGCAUGUGAUCUGCCUCUUUUACAGACAGACAGAGUUUAUCGGAAAAACAACCUCACUAAGUGCUUCAGCUGAUUCUGAUCGAUCACAGUCAGCCAAAGCAGCAAUACAGUCGGGAACAGUGAGAAAAUGCUGGACAGUAAAAAGAGCAGCGGCUAUCUCGCCUUGCAAUAGAAAAUCCUUCAGAAGCAGGGAGAUACUGUACAUUCAGGAAGGAGAUUUGUUGUUGCAAAAAGCCCUUGAAGCUCUUGAACUACAUGGUUCAGUAAGUGGAAAGGAUGAAUUGAUGUUUUUUAAAAGUGGCAAAACAGCAUUUAUAUUGGUGCUUGUGUAUAAUUGUGUAUUAGAGAGAGCAAACCAUCUCUUUGUGUGUGCACGUCUGAAUGUGCACAGCUCCCGGAUACAUAUGCACAGAUCUGUGUGUUUGUUGGUGGUUGAAGAGUUUGUGCACAUACACAGGCAUGAGUGUGUGGAAAGACAAAGAGGAGAGAUCAUGUCAGAGAACUGAUAGACUGAAGUGGAAAGUCAUGCUGAGGGAGAGGUGUGCUUGUGAUGAGUAAUGGGUGUUGGAGCCCAAUGGAGACCAGAAGUGAAGAAGUUAGGGUGGCUAAAGGUCUGAUAGGGGGAGCUCACCUCCAUCUGUGACUGAAGUGUGGCGCUGCUUUCUUUCACACUCAUUUUCUUGUCGGUCAUGAGCAUGAUAAACAGACACAACAAAUCCCAGAGUGUUCAGUCCCCUCUCAUCCAAACCCAGCUCACUGUGUAUGAACCCAAAGUACUGUAUGUUUCCCUCUUAUGACAGACCUCCAUUAGCAACACUGAAACUCUUUAUCACACACAUACAGUAUACAUAGUUCUAUACACAGUUAAAGGGAUAUUCCAGCAUAAAUUUAAGUUAUGGUCAAACACACAGAAACACCAGAUCAUUUCCAUAAAGUAAUAAUCAUCAUAAUAAUCAUUUGCUCCUUAGCUUCUUGGUCUGAUUGCAUUUCCAUGAAGUAAUUAUCAUAAAUGUUCUUCCUUGAGCUGCGAAACUCCACUGCACUCAGUGAUCAACUCGUCAGGGCUCCUCCCACAAACAAACGGCUGCUGGAGGAGAGUGGGUGAGUGGGUUAAGAAAUCAGGCAGGGCCAAAAAGAUGUUUAAUGGCUAGUACUAUGGCUGGGACCCUAUAUGUACUGCUGAUGAAGUUAGGUGCUGUUCUGAGCAUUAUUUGUGGCUGUAGAGUGGCUUUUUGGUUGAGGUUUGCACGUGGAGACGUAGACCGCUGUGUAUUGCUAUUGUGCGGUCGUUACUAUAGUUGGAAUAACUAGAGAAGCAAGCAGUCGGUAACAUUCAUCUCUCGAGGGGUUGUCUAACUCAGUGUUACGGUGUGUUUGACAAUAACUUAAAUUUACACCGGAAUAUCCCUUUAAACAGUUUUAUCCAGUGUGAGUUAAACCCUAUCUAGUGUAUACUUCUUUGUGUCCUCUGUAUUUACCCUUGUUAGUAUACUGGUUGUGAUCAUAUGAACCAGAACUUAAGUCUUAUUUGUGCAAAGAAGCCUGAGACGGCGUGUUUUGAUGCACAAUGAAGAAUGAAGAGCAUGUUUGAUAAUCUUAAGAGAGGUCACUAGGUAACAUCAAGUUAACAUCUUGCUAUUUAAAGCUGAAUGAAAUAUCUCUGAAUACUUUUUGAUCACUCUAACAACCUUAACAGAUGGUAACUUUUUCUUCUUGUUUGAAAAAUAAGUGGUGUUCGUUCAUUUCCAGCUCAAAGGCCAAUAGUGUUUGCCUGUGUAAUGGAAAUUUAGGGUCUACUCUAAAUUCCACUUGUGUACUUGGUUAAGUAUGAACAAAAAGAAUGAAAAGUUGUUAAAAGAUUCAAGUGACUGCUCAAAACACUAUCAAACGUGUUAAUCAACUUGCAGAAGAGAAAAAAAAAGAACAAAGAAGAAUUGACAAGGCACAAAGCUGGUGCCAUGCCAACAAUUAAAACAUGUUCAAAAUGAGAAUCAGCUUUGAAAUAUUCACAAAAAAAUUUUUCUGGUUGUGGGAUUUUGUGGAGAGAAAGGAGCAUGCAGUGAAGAUCAAGGAUAAUCCGUGUGAAUCUUACAUCCAUGCCUCCAAACAAGCUGUGCUGUUCCAAGUGUAAUACGGUGAGGUUCCUUAUUUCUUUAGAUCAUGCAGGAAACAAAGAAGUAGAAUAACGUGUGAGUCUUUCAUAGUUUUACUCAGGGACGUAUCAUGGAAAGAGCUGACUAUCAAAUAGGUAAAGUUUGUGAUUACUCUGAUGAGUAAAGUACCAAGAUAGAGUUUACUUUGGUGUACAGUUGAUAGUGAUCCUAACACAUAAAACAGGCUCUAUAUUGGUCGUAGAGUCACCCAUUGAAGGCCUGAUCAGGUAUUGACUGGAUACAUUUGAUGAUUAUACAGACUAGAGCUGCCAAAGCAUUACACAUCCUUUUCAUACCAAGCAACAGUAACUCAGUGCCCUGGUAAGGAGGUGAGUGCCCAUCACCAGGCAGGCUCUCGGCAUGUUAAGUCCAUACCCACAGCAGUGACUAAUUGUUUGUUAUGUCAGUGCUUGUCGUGCCCGUUUGCCUUUAAUGGAGUGUAGUGUGGUGAUCCAUCAGGCUGUCGAGCAAGCCCCGUGUCACUUGAAGUGGCUGCGUGUCAGUGGCGAGUGUGCCGUGUAGAUGUGAUUUACUGCCCUGCUUGUUGCGCCGCGUUGUGCCUCGCCUCUUACCCACGCAACGCAGCCCACUCCUCUCUACUGCUCUUCUCCCCUUUCCUCUCUUCUCUCCCCAGAUUGAUGGCCGGCACAACUGGCUCAUGACACUCGCCAUCUCCUGGCAACCUUUUAGUGCUUCUUUAUAGAUGGUUAGCACACCUCAUUUGGCUAUUUAUACAUUUGUAAGAGGCCAUGAAAUAUAGAUUUGUCUUGAUGGGUGUCAACAUCGGAGCCAUAGAAGCAGAGCUCAGUGACACAUCGUUAUUUUAAUGGUGUGAGAUGAAGAGGCCACAUGGCAGAAGUCAUUUUCAAACAUGGCUAAAUUACACAGUUUUUCUGUCCGUUCAGUGUUUGCAGUUGCACUCAUAUUUUACUCAAAACAAAGCACGUUUCUUGCAGUAUGAAGUUGGAAAUGAGGAGAGAGGUGACUGAGGAUAGAAGAGAACACCUUGCUCCCCCUCUGUCUCGCACAUACACGUACUUAUAACCGCGCAUUUGAAUGCCAAGAUGGUUCAGAGUGAGAAGAACCCUUAACAGUAACAUGAUGUGUGACCUGCCAUCUACAGAUGCGCAUACACAUAUUUCACUCCAUUCACAGGCAAGGUCUCAGAGGUAAUUAGGUGUUGGCACCCACACCGUGCAAUGUGCUGGUUAAUUGAAUAGUUAACACAUCAGAGGCAGGCCUGUGCAGAUUGAAGGUGACACCUGUCAGAAAGCUGUUCUCUCCUGACCCAGGACAUUUCCUGCUCUGCCUGAUACAUAUGUCAUCUUUGUGGAAAUACCAAAUUAGGGCCAGGCAGCAGACUGAGUGCAGUGCAGCAGGUGUUGAGAUAGCUCGGGGCUGAGGAAGGCAGGUGCUCCUCUGCUCUGUCCUUCAAAAGGAUUUUUAAAGCUCAGGGCACCUUUCCUUACUUCACCUCAGGCCAUUUCCAUGGGUGUGUGACAGAGAGGUGACAGCCCUGUGUGUUUGCGUGUGGGUGCAAGUGAAUGUGUGUGCUUCGCCCCUUCUCCCCCAGGCCCUGGAGCAGAGUGCCCAAGGCUUCAAGGAGUUGAGUAUGCAUGGUGUAGAGGUGAGUUUGCUGAGUGAAGAUGUCUGGACAUAUUGCUUUCUGAAUAAUAGACUGGCCUCUACAAAAAAAAUACAAUAUACAGUAUAUUUCAUCAAAUUAUACUUUUUAUUCACCUAUGGUUUAAAACUGUGAGGGUGAUACAAGGUCCUGACUGAGUGCUUUAGUUAUCUACAGGCAGCACACUUUGAGGAGGCAGGGGGUGGGCUGCAGGCGGAGGUCUUUUGUAGGGGCCAGUGAAGCCAGAAGGAGCUAACAGCUCUGGGGCAUAGGGUCACCACACCAGAGCAGGACCUGUAAGCCCCCUCACAGCCAAACCAGUGAGAGGAAGCAGGUACUAGCUACAGCGUAUGCUCACCUUACAGUUACAGUUACAGAUACACACACAACGUCCUAUAAGUUUAGAGCAACACAGACAGAGGAUGGACCACUGUAGGGUGGAAAAGAGCUCAAGAUGAUCACUGCACGACUGAGAGUGAACAAAACAGUGCAGUCUGUCUCUCAACCUGAUUGAGAGUCAGUGCGUUUAAUCGGACUAAGCUCAGAAUUCGUUUUGUUCGUGGAAUCUGACUUCUCUCUCUGCCUGCGUAUACAUGCAGCUGAGAAAAACGAAUUAUUGACGUGAGCCUGUCUUCCUCCUCAAAACUAGGGGGCGAUAUGGGUCUUUUCAGUGGCGCUGUUUCCGGACCUUUUUUUAAGAUGUCUCUGUUCUUCGUUUUGCGACCAUCCAUAUACUUUAAAUUGUCAAUUUCUUUCAGGUGGGAAAGCAUAACGCCACUCUCCUCGUCAUUCCAAAAGUGGAUAUUCUUUCGGGCUUUAGCCAUGUUGCAGUUGCUUCUGGGUCGAAAGUUAUUUGAAUGAUAGUGUCAACAGUACAUAGCAGUACAUCUUUUUAAUUUUGCCUAAUUUCUUUAGCAAAGAGACUGAACACAACUCACCUACUCUCUUCCAGCAGCUGCUUAUUUGACGCGAGACCUCCGGCCAGUCCGUUACGGACUGCUGCGGGGUGACGCAGCUCAAGGAAGAACAGCAAUGUUGAUGAAGUUAGGUGCUGUUCUGACGUUAUUUGUGGCUGUAGGAGGCAUUAUGGUUGAGGUUUGUUUGUGGCUCCUCAGACCGCUGUGUAUUGCUAUCGUGCGGUCGUUACUAAAGUUGGUAUAACUAGAGAAGCAAGCGGUCGGCAACAUUCAUCUCUCAAGGGUGUGUCUAACUCUGUGUUAUGGUGUGUUUAACCCUAAAUUAAUUUUAGAUUGAUUUUGGAAUAUCCCUCUAAUCAGAGUUCUCCGACUAAGGAGUUCUCAAACUCUGAUUAUAGUCUAAGGUGGCAAAGGUGUUUACAUGCACUUCAGUUGUCCUAAUCGGAGUAAGGCAAUAAUUCGGUUUUCUUGAGUGUCAUGUAAACACGUGUUGUCGUGCAGCUUGUCUUAGGGUGCAGCUUCUAACUUACGCAGGACAUCCAUCCAUUGGCUCUACUGCUGCUCUCACUCUUCACUGUCACUGUCACAGAAAGGAAAAGGAUGUUGGGUAUAUUUGUUUUUUCGUUCUUCUGUCAGCUUUUUGUCCAUCUCUCUGGUCUAUUAGGAGAAGGUAUUGAAAUUACAAACUUGCAAAAUGGGAAGACAUCGAAACACUGAGUGAAAUCGUGUAAGCCGGGGAGAGCGGAGUGACAGUGACAGGCUUUCGUGUCAGGUCAGCUAGCCUCCAGUGCUGGCUUUAAUAUAUUACGUGAGACAGUCAGAGUGUGUGAUGAGGCAGCUGCCGAAGCCUCUCACCUGCAUGGAUAUUGUCCAUCAACUCACAACCCUGGGCCUUUUGUGUGAUUCACAUUUCUUAUCUACACAGGAUACCAACUUAAAAAUGCACUUAAAAAGAAUCAAAAUAUGUGGUAGUAUUUAAAAAAAGAGGUGGAGUUUCUGAGCCUAAGGUUCAACCGUAUAAACAUGUGUCUUUUAUUUUAUGGUAUUCAGAGUAAUAAAGAAGCACUCUAACUGUGUACCUUCAUGGGACUUUUAUCUCUAUCCAUAUCCCUCUUUUUCCCCACCAUCCAUCUGGGCUGUGUGUGGGGUGGGCGCUCAAUAGGCGGAUCAUUUCAGGUCGGGCCCUUGUGUGAAAUCAGAUGUUUAACUGGCCUGCUGAAGUGGGAUGGGAGCAUCUUAACCAGAACCUUGCCAAAGGUCUCAUGUUCACUCAACCACUGGGCUGCUGUGAGUACGCUCGCCACCUGCCAAUAGGCAUUAGGGAGGAUUUAGUAAUUAAGUGAUAGGCUGAGGACUAAAUUGGGUGUUUGUGGGCUGGCAAGCCACCCCAAGGUCCCUACAGCCAUGCAGAUAGGGGAUUCUAAUUGCCAGGAAUAUUGAUCAGCCUAGCGAGGGGGGUGCACAGGGAAUUCACAAGCCAUCGAUUAGCUGCUACAGCACCUCACUCGUCAAUGGAAGAGGGAGGUGAGCAUUGGAAAGGCUUUAGGCUUUUCCCACAGUAUCCCUCAUCACCAGUAGCUCCUGACAGUCAGAGUGCGGGUGACAUAGCACAUUGUGAUGAAAGCACUCUCUAAACGUCCUCGUACAUCCUCCUCCAGAUCUGCUCGGCAAGUCACAGGUAGUCUAGUGGUGAAACUGAGGGUAGUGAGAGGGGCUUUCAGGAAAAGCUCAGAGACAGGGCUGCUCUUCGAACUACAACUUAAUCGUUAUCUCAUCAUAAGCAUUUAUAACCUGACAAUAAACAUAUCUUAAAGGCUGAAUACUAACACUGAAUAAGAACAGUUAUUUUAGCUAAACAAGAGGUGCUUUUUACUUAGCAUGCAUCCUUUUGACUAAUAGGAUGCCUAAAUGUUGUGCUUCACAUCAAUUAUUGCAUAUCUCUGAAACUUGAUUCUAAUUGGCCAAUACAGCAUGGCAACAGUCUGUUAUAAAGACUUCACUGUUUCUAUGGAUACUAGUUCGCUUUGUCCAUGGGGGACGGCAAAGUUGACACACCCCAAAAGUUCCACACUGGAGCUUUAACAACUCAACUAUGGACACAACACAAGCUCUUAAGUGAUAUGAACUAUUUAAACGGACAAUAACAAUAAUUUUGAGAAUCAAUAUAAUAAUAACAGAAUUAAGACUAGGUCUAAACUAGCGCCCUGUGGGGCAGUGUUGGGGAAGUGUUAGGGUUAUUUUAGGUACAGGGGUUUUAACUCCAAUCUUCUGCGAUCCAUAAGGGAACAAGAUAGAGAUCUGGGACCAAGACCAAAUCACCCUGUUUCAUGUGCCCUGAGUACACUGGUACCAAAAUGAGGUUUCCCCUAUACCCUCUAUAGCAGUGGUUCUCAACUGGUCUCACUCUGGGACCCAUAUUUUCCCAUGGUCCACUUUCAUAGAAUUCAAACCAAGCAAAUUGAUUUUUUAUAAAAAGAAACCUUGAAAGACUCUAAUCUUUAACAUAAAUCCACUUGUUUUAUUGAGUAAAGUGCAUUUCAGAGCACAUGAAGGGGACAGCAUGAGGACGACAACUACUGAAGUUGCAUCUACAGAAAAUAUCAAAAAUCUAAUAAAUAUUGCAUUAAAUAUUUACUUUUUUUUGACCAGCUGUUCGUGACCCAUCCAGAACGUGUCCGCAACCCACUUUUGGGUCGGGACCCACCAGUUGAGAACCACUGCUCUAUAGCAAGAUCGGACACAGUUUUUUUUUUAAGUGUUAAGGGUUAGGGGUUAGAGUUACAAUCACUGUCCAAGACCUAUUUAGGAGCAAGUUUCAGACCACUUGGAAUCGAUAGGUACAUAAAAAUAAAAUUAGGAAAAAUGUCAAAAAAAAAUCAGUGUUGGGGUUACGUUAGGUAUAGGGGUUUUUACUAUGAUCCUUGGCAAUCCUCUGCAAUCCUUGGCGAUCUUCAAGAGAACAAGACAGAGAUCUGGGAUCUCUAUCCUGUGCAUAUUUUCACUCAAAAUAUGCAGACCCACUCUGUGUAAAAUGUCUUCUUCCAUCCAGCCAAACUUUCCCCUUGUUAUGUUCUUUUACUUUUCCAUAACAUUUUAGCCCGUGAGUUUGUGAGGGCUCUGACCCAUGGAUUUGGUCCUGGUUAAUGUUGGAGAGAGGAAAGGGACUGAGCUUGCUUGCCCUCUUAUAUUUAAUUAGUUGCUUCACCUAGCAGUAAAUAGGCCCUGUUCAGCACAUUCACACACAGACACACAAACACACACUCUGAUUCAAGUUCUAUCACUUCUGCUUCAGUGACACGUCACCAUUACAAAACAACCUGCAGUACAAAACAACACUGCGCAGGCAGAGUUACUUAACAUCCUCUCAUUAAAUGUUAAAGCUUGCUUGGUCAAACUGAAUCCUGAGCACAUGCAAACAAACGCUGUCUAUUGAUUUAUUUCCACACAAACUUUUAAUGUGGAAGAACUUAUCUAAACAGAAGAAACAAUCAAUGAGGAGACAGAUUAAUAAAAGGAAUAAAGUUGAUGUUGGCAUUUUAAAGGGAAGUUGUGAUAUCAUUUGUGAUAGUUGAAACAGACAUUGAGAACUCACCUGUUUAAGUCACUAGAGCAGGGUUUUGUUAUGAAAAUCAUUGUUUGAUUCAGUUUUCAUUCUUUGGGUCAUAUGUUUUGAUACUGAGUCAGUAAUAGGUACAGGCAAAAAAUACCCAGAUCAUUCCUCGCGGUACCUUCUAAUAUAAGCUAAAUAACCAUUUGUAACAAGCCUGCUACAUUACCUUCAGUGGGGACUGCAUGCAGAGCUCUAGUGUGGAAAUUUCACACUUACUGCAGAUGAUAUGGGAAGUGAUAGUUACAUGGGGGUCUGCUGCUCUUUAGGGCCAACCACCACACAGCUCACCCACUGCUGCUUUGUCUCCAUCAUACUGUCGGCUCUGACAGUUGUGUUGUAGUCAUAGUUUCCCUGCAUGGCCUUGCAGAGCUAACCCACGACAUGACUUAUACAGAAUGGACUAAUAUGGAGUUUCAGUUUUACAUCUGGGUCCAAAUAUCAGCCUUAAAUGUUGCCUUUCAAUAACCUCCUGCCAGAAGUGUCAGAAUUUUGGUUGACUAUCAGUCGUAAACUCAAGAGGGAUCUGUGUAGGAAUAAUAAAUAAUUAAAGGAAUAACAGUACGGUGAAUAAGGGAUUCCAAGAUUGAGAAAACAUAUAUCAUUGCAUCUGUUUUUUCACUCAGCCUGAAGUGAAGCAGAGGGAAAGCAGGGAUGUUGACUUAAAAGGAGUUGACAGAUAGCAAGUUCUUUCACAGCGAUUAGGACUCAAAUACAUCCUUUUAAUAGACUGUCAGCUUGUGAGCCGAAACUUGUUUGUGUUUUUCUUUAAAGGCACCUUUGAAAGGGUCAAAAUGAUAACAAACCUACAAACUUCUUGUAUGUAUUAGCUUGAUGAACAGGAAAAUGAUGUCUUAUAUAUAUGGCGGUCUGUUGGAAUCAGUGUCAAUUUUCUCGGCCAUCUCAGCUGGUGUUUUAAAUUUGUGCUGAACGGAGUAGCAGAAAACAUUCAGAAGGUUUGCUGCACAGCAGUCUCUAACCUGAGUCAUUUAGAGCCUAUUACAAAACAUCAAUAUAUUGAUUGAAGUAAGUGUCUCAGUGUACUGCUCUGUAAACACAACGUUGGUUCAAUGUGCAUGUUUUAUCUGCCUGAAUCUUAUCAGGAUUUAAAUCUUUUCAUCUUCAGUUCACUUAAUCGGGGCAGUAUUGGCUUUUGAGCCAAAGAAUUGACUCACUCUUGGUAAAUUCUCAGCAACAUAGCAAACGACACGAGCAUAACAGAAAUCAUUUGAAUACUGCUAAUGCCCUGGCCCCUAUGUGAUUCAAAUGCAUUAAAUUUAAGCAUGCACAGGUUAGAUAUGUUAGAUUUUCCACUGGCUCUCAUGGUUUUGUGAAGUAUUUUUAAUGAGAACUUUCCGCAAAUGAUGGUGCCUGUGGCCUGUGUGACGACUCCAGGAUCAAACCAAGGCCCGUCUUCUGUAGCAUGAAAAAGUGGGGCAGUAGGAUCAACAUGUCAGAGAGAAAUUCAAUACCAAGUGGACAAAGAAUAAGCUCAGACAAGUUUUGACUCUGUUCACAGCUAGGUCAAAAGAUUGUUCAAGAAAGGCUAGAAAUCUUUUAACUUUAGUCCAGUAACUCUGCUGUUCGCAAAUGAUCAAACUUUCAUACAGUGUCUGUUUUGUGGUGCACUGAGCAGGAAUUCCACUAAAAAAGUUUCAUCAUUAACCUUUUCUGUAGCUAUACUGUUUGUUUGAUGUUUGGGGAUUAGUGAUUUUUAUUUACGACUUGUUCUCACAUGGAAAGAAAGAAAGAAACAAAUGGAAAUAUUCACACAUCUGUGUUUAUCUGCUGAUUUCUAGGACUCCGAGCAGCACCAGACUGUAAAAGGAGCAUUGUUUUAAUUUGAACUCCCAUAUGAGCGUCUGCACUGUGAUUUCCAAGGUCAUCUUGUCGUCUCUGAAGGAGGUUUGUUCCCUCCCUUACCUUCCUUCUGAUUGAAGCCUGGCUACAACGUUUAUACACCACUCAGAGUCACCCUGCAGCCAUGCUCACAAAUUGAAUUAGUUUCAGUCUGAAUUUGUGUUUCAAAACUAGUAAUUAUUCUUUAACCCCAGAGGAAGCCAAGAGAAAUGAGUCAGAUCUUCACAAGUCAUGAAAUUUGACGAUGUACGAUUCUACCCUAACCAAAGGGACACAAGCCUGAAGCACAGCAAUUUACCAACCAUUCAUCUGUUAGCAAAUUAAAUCACACCACAUUUUACAUCUUUUAGAAAGUUAGAUAAAUCUGAUGAAAAAGUUUCCUCCUCAAUUACCAUCUGAAAUUAAUCUCCUUAAUCCCAAUUUGAUCUCUUUCAUGCAUAUAAGAGGUAUCUUUCAUCUGCCCACCUAUGUGCUUUAAAUCUCCUCCAAAGAGCUAAGAUGGAACGUGACAGUCAAACUUAGUCCCACGUGAAACAACCAUGCAGCUCCGUGAGAUGGGGGAGCUGAUUAGAGGAGAUGAGGACAGAGGGGCGGAACUGACAGCCGCCCAUUAUCUCUCUCUAUGGAGCUAGUGUAGGACUGUAAGCGCUCUUCAGGAGUGUAUGAUGGAGCUGCAGACUGCUUUUCAGAGGCCAUGACAGUUUAAAGCUUAUUUUCACUUCCAAAAAGGGUGAUAGUCAUUCUUUUGACUCUUCCUUGGCUUUUUUUUUUAUCUUUGGCAUCAAUUCAACCAUACUUGUCUGAAUAAUAUAGAUCCAAAAAAGUACAGUGUACAUGGCAUGUUCAAGAAAGGAAGGACUCAAUUGACUCAAUUUCUUUAGCUGCCUCGUACCAGAGAGAGGUUUAGGUGGGACUAAAGGCUCAUUUAUGCUCGCCAUACGUAUGAAAAUGUACACGUCCGUUUCAAACGAUGGUUCCGUCACUGCCCACAUACUUCCAUGCGUCCUUUACGUUGGCAUAGAUGUUAACCAUUACAUCCAAACAUGGCGACUGUGGAGGAGCUAGUGAUAAUGUAUAUUUUGCAUAGGAGACAGAGAUGGAGGCGGCAUUGGAGGAGACGGUGGUCAGUCAGGCCACUAAAUGCCUGGCAGUUGGGGGACGGAGAAUUCUUUUCUCUAGUAGAACCGAUGAGAGAGAUUGACAACGAUACUCAAAAAGCCCCGCCAUUAUCGUCUUCCUUUCUCUCUAGAGAUGCGUAUCAGGUAGUGACAGCAGCAAUACUGCCCCCAUGGUUUCCAGUGGUACUGCAACGUCUGGCCCGUAUCCGUAGACUUCAAGGAUAUGUGCAGAAACACGGACGAAAAGAACCAGAAGCACAGAUGGAGAGCACUGUCCGUGUGCGGAUCCGUCUGUAAUGUUGAGCAAAUGAGUAAAACUGUCAUAUUUUGAGUUCCUUCAUGUCGAAUAGUCCUCAGCACUUUGACUCCACCACAAUACCCUUCCCCAAAAAUAUCUAGAAACUCUGUAUCAAGAACAUCUCAUGUGGAGAAGGUGAGGGGUCUGUGACAUAUUUAUAAACCUCAUCAGGGGCAUCGCUGGUAAUUCUGGGCCCCAUCAAAAGCAACAUAUUCAUAGCUUUCAAUAACUGUAACUUAGCUCUAUAAUCCCUAAAAUCAGGAAUAAAUGAUCUCAAGAGUAAAUAUAGAAUAUCUUGCCUUCAUCUCUGUUUGCUAGUCUGCAACCAUGUCUCUCUGUUAGUUAAAGGAUACACAUAAUUUUGGUCUCAUCUAAUUUGUCAAUGACCUGAUGAAGCAUUAAGAGAUCUUGCUUCUCAUCUUCCAAACACAGUAUGAAGAACCAAUGUAUUGUCAGCGGAAAAUCAUGUUUUAUUCCUGAUACUCAUUAAAACCUCUACUGAAUUUGUGCAUUUCACUUUACCAUGUGUGUUUGGUUGUGAUCGUAAGUUGCCAAAUCUUCUGUGAUGGGUCCCUUGUGCACCAGGAGAGAGUUUCAGCUGACACAGUGAAGGCCAGCAACAAAGGACAAACGGAGAGAUGUUCACGCUGGAAGCAGCCAGGACCUCAGUGGAAUCGUGAUUGGGCCCAGUUACCCACUAGCUCUUCCCUCUUUAAGCAGCACUUUGACCAGCUGCUGCCUUACAAGCCCCAAGCACCUCUAAGAUGUGAGGGCUCUAUAAUCGGAAGGAAAAUGAGUCUCAUCUCCUUUUGCAACAGUGGAUUUUAGUUUGAGAUAGCCAGCGCAGAGACGGGGCACGGUGUUGGCUCCUUCACAGAGCAUUGUGGUCAUUAGUGCGGACCACGCAGCCUCUUCUCAAGAAAAGUUGUAACCUCCCGAGGUCGCGCUGUUCGCUAAUUGAACACUACAGGCAAGAUCAUAUUCUGUUGUCAAGAAAAGGGAAAACUCGUAGCUUUGCCCUUUUCUGUGUAUUUCCAAAGCUGAUUAGAUAAUGAGGUCUUUUUUCAGACUCAAGACUUGGGUCUGCAGUUGGAUUUAAUACUUUCCGAAAUUCUUGCUAUUUCUUUCUCACAUCAGCCUCUCUUAGACCUCAAACUGCAGACUUCAUGUUUUACUAAUUUGCUAGUUAUACAUUUGUUUUGUGCAGGAGUUCCUUGUGUACAUAUUGUAACUCUCUCUCUCGUAGCAUUGCAGUCUAUUUCCUCUUAUUGAUGUGUGUGAUUGUUACAAUGCUGAUUGUAUACACACACAUUUCCCCUUUUUGUGUGAUGACUCCUCGGCCAAGAGCUCAUCUCUGGCUCAUCUCUAAGGCCUGGCGUCAGCCUCCUUAAGUGCUGUCAAUGUCACAUGGUAACAGCAGCACUGCAGCCUCUUAAUUGGUUUAGGGAAAGCAUCCUUGUCAUUUUGCGGUCAGUAAACUCCGCCGGAGAAAAUGAAGUCCAAGCCAAUGCCACCUCCUCAACCCCCACACACAGCCAGCCUAACAAAAAAAUAAUGAUUAUGUGCCGUGUAUAUUUGUGCUUUCACUGUCUGUUUUCACUUUUUGCUUUUAAAAAUAAUUGCUGUUGGUUGUGUGGCUGCAUCAGAGGAAGGGUAUUAAUGAUCCUCUCUGGCCGCGAGGAAGCGCUGCACUGCAGAGGGCGGGAGGACAGCAACUCAUUUUCUCAAACUAAAUGUGUGUGUGAGCAAGUGUGUGUAUUUGUGCUUGAAUAUAUUUGUGUUUGGUGUAUAUAUAAUUUAUUUUUAGUAGUUUCUUCACUUUGUCGUACAUAUUGUGUGCAGCCAAUAAUUGCCCCUUUAGUGUGUUCAUAGAUGCAUGUAUCCCUGCCUGACAUUCAUACACAUGCACAUGUGUGUAUAUGUGGGCUUGUGUGUGUUUACAGUGUAUGUGCAUGGCUGUCCUUUUGCACGGAUUAGGUGGUGAAUGCUGCAAGAGGAUGAUCAGACUGGGAGCACACCAGGGUUGCUCUGCGAUCACACAGGGAUUAUGGGGGAUAUGGAGCUGUAGUGCAUUCCAGGGCCGCCUCCAGUUAGGCUCAUCUCCGCCACGCUCUCCUCACACACACCACUUUAAUUGCCUUUGCUUCUUUCAUUACUUUUAUUGCCUCUCCUCUGCAUUGCGUGCUCCCCGGGCUUGUGGAAAGGUCAUUGUGAUGGUGGUGGUGGUGGUGUGCCUUCGUCUCCCAGACCGGCAGGAAAUGGCUGUGGGGUUGAUGCUGUGGAAACGGGUGACACAACAAGGCAGCCACUAACAGGCUGUGCACUGAUUUCUAUCUCACCUUGUAUAAUUCGUUUUUUUCAAAACAACCUAGUGGAGUAAGUUUGUGGAUGCUUUCAAAAAAUAUGAAGGUUUCUUAAAUUCUCAGAGGUGGAGAUAGAAAUAAAAAAUGUUACUCUGCCGUGCUAAAUAAAAACUGUGAUUGUGAUUAUGAUCAAAAAUAACUGAUCAGCUGAAAAAAGACAUUGAUAUUAUCCUGUCUUGGAAGGAGAUAAUGAGGUGACAUGCUUGUGUCUCAUCACAAAACAGAUAUUAAGCGAUGGAGGGACAUGAAGGUAAAUUACGGUUUGAAUAUUAACCCAGUAAAAUUUGUAGUCUUAUCUCAUAAAUCUACUUUACUCAGCUCAACUCAACUUUAUUUAUAGAGCACUUUAAAUACAACCAAAGCUGACACAAAGUGCAUAAUAACAUAAAAACAUAAAACAACAAUUUUACUUUCAAACUUAAAACAGAAACUCUAGUUUGAAAGAGAAUGUGUGUAUUUUUCAUUACAUGUUGGAUAGUAAUUGUGGUGUUACCAAAUCCUGAAAUUAGAAUGGUAUUCGCUCAGAUGGCUCAGCUUUUAAAUACAAGCAAUAUUACUCUUUCUUAAAUGUUGAGGUUGUCCGUUGUCCACCCUCUAUCAGGCUUGUACCACUGAGUGUUGUGACCUGCAGUGAAGCAAAUAGUUGAAUGCAAUCCUGAAAUCUUGGAGGAGUUUGUUUUUCCAAUUGUGAUAGUAAAGACCAUCAUGAACAAAGGUAACUUUGAUUCCACCAGUCUUAGACCUUAAUUCCUCUGACAAAGGCAUCAUUGCUUUUCAAUUACAGAUACAGUUUUAAGAAAUUGGAAUAUUUAGCUACAUUUAGAAAUCAGAUUACGGAUUAAUGCCUUUUGUAUCAUAUUUGAUACAUACUUUUAUAUACCUGUAUCAAGUCAAUAUGAUCAACAAAUUACUGAAAAAAACACCUGAAUACAGCCCGAUAAAUGAUAAAAAUGUCUUUGAAGUUUAUCAGUUUCCAAAAACAUCUAAUGUAUCAAACGAGACAAAUAAACAUAUUUGUUAAAUUUUAAGGACAUUUAGACUUUUUUGGUUUUCAUUAGUAAGUGAAAUAAACAUUUUGGCUUCAAAAAAAUUGAAUUUUCUGGCCAUAAUUUGUGGUGUCAGGCAUUAAAGGGCUACAAUGCUCCCCUGCUCACCCCUCUUGUUGGUGAAGUAACAGUGGCCUUCGAGGGCAAAAGGUUCCUGUGGUGUUCGAUAAGUAUGAUCCUCCAUUUGUCUUUUUUCAACAUCAUACUCAAUUUCUACCAAGUCCUGCUAAAUACCACUAAAUACUAUAAGCUGCACAUUUGAAGACACUGUCUGUCUUCUGUUCAGACUAAACAUACAAAUUCUGAUUGUGUAAACAACAUAUUCUUGAGAGGGGGGUGUUAUUACCUUUAUUCAUAGAGGAUAGGACAGAAGACAGAGCAGGAAAUGGGGGGAGAGAGCCACAGGAUGGAAUGAGGCCACUUGGACUAAAACAGCAGAUUUUUGAACAUUUUGGGUAAAUAUACACCUUACUCUUCUCUUAUCUUUACUCUGCCUUUCUUCUCUUUUCAGUCUACAGUUGAGGCUCUGUGUUCGACCAGAUCGCCCUUGAGUCCACAAGAUGCUUUCCAGUGUCAACCUGGUCCUGGAUGUAAGUGUGGCCUUGAGUCAUGACGUGCUACUGUUGUGGUCUCUCUGCAUUCAUACAAUAAUUGGUUUCCAUCCCAACAAUAGCUAAUGCACAUUAUAUCAUUUUCCUACUCAGCUGCAGGCAAGCAAAUGAAAAACUGGCACCAAAAACCAAAGAGCAAAGCUUAAAGAUCAUCCAUCUGCGCUAAGAAAGGGUAAGUGGACAGUGGACAUUUAUUAUCUUCUGUUUUGUCAAUUUCAGCUUUGUGUAAAAUACUUUUUGUGUUUGUCUUUGUUGCACAGACACACAUGGAUCCACAUUCAGGAAGAUCUGAGGGGCAAGAGCUCAAGAUCCAGGAACACACAGAGGAUAUGAAAUCAAAACCAGUGGUGAGUAAAGUCAGAUUUUUUACAUUGUUUAUUUAAUUUUAUAUGUGUUACAUUUUGCAUAACAAUUAGUUUUUGCUCAUCCACAUUCUUUGUGUGAGAUCUUGUGAAAUCUGGGUUUUAAGUUUUCUUUGUUCCCUGAAGUGUUAAAGUCCCACUCAGAUUGUUUUUUACUACUUAAAAUGUUAUGUGGUCUUUAAAUUGUGAUUAUUAAGUUUUUAGCCAAAGUCAGGCGAGCUUGCAGCCUAACAUUGCCGGUACAGCAGAAGUGGCAGGUAACAUAGGAGCUAUUCAUCUCUCAGACCCUAAAAGUUAACAUCAUUAGCUUUCUUAUGAGCAUUUCAAUCCGCGAAUGCACUCACUUGUUCCGUGAUCGUCCUCUCUACUUCUCAGAGUCUUGCCUGCAUAGCGGGGGCGGAGCUUGCAGUUUUGAUGUAGGAAAUCUAACUGUGUCUGAGCCUGAUGUUUGGGUCAAAGGUAAAAUAUACCUUUAUUAGUCCCACAGGGGAACAUUUCAAAGACAUAGUCUGUGAGAGUGUGUUGAAUCUGUGUUGAAUACAGAGAUACUCAGAAAUGCAAUUUUGCGCUUAGUUUUCUCAUGAUACGCCCUCUAGCAUCAGAAAUUUGCCAUAUGAACGUGUAGACAACAAGAAAAACAUGAUUUUCAUCUGUGUUGGUUUUUUAAGCUCAGCAGGGGCGUUUGCAAAUUUCAUUGAAACCAGCAAGAGAAACUUGAAAGCACACUUUGUUCUAGGCCCACAGUAGCGUCACAUUUUCCCUUAUUAAUUGGUCCUAUCUAGUCGUAUGCUUCCUAACCUGCAGACUCUGACCUCCGACAGUGCCUGGUUUUGAUACUGUGACUGUGUGACUGUUGUACUCUAUGAAACUGUCAAAGCCUGGGCUAAAGUCUCCUGUUGGCUUCCAAAAGAGGCUGCAAAUCUAUAAGCGCCCUCUCUGUGACAACUUGUACUGUGCUUUGACUCUGCUGACUCCAGAGACAGUGUCAGUGACAAAGCAGUGUGCUUUCAGACAGAGCAGGGGUGUUUGUGGAGAGGCUCAUCUGAAACACAGGUCAAUACCAACACUCACCAGCACAUCACAGACAGUAGCAGUGAAAAGCAGAGCCGCUGCACAAGUCUCAAGAUUUUAUUGGCUGUCAUGUUGAUUUUUGUCGUUCUGGGUUUUGCAUAGGGCUCAGUGUGUUUUUGUAAGUAAUGAUCUGUGUUUUCUAGCUGUGAAAUCAGCAGCCUGAGAGCUCUGAAUGGUCUCCACAUCCAUGUUUGAAGUCUGCUGACCCCUCUUUUCCCUUGGGUUGUCCCUCUGGGUCCUUCUGCUAAUGCAACCCCAGCACAUUUCUCUGUCCACCUCACAGAGCAGAGGCUCUCCUUUACAUACAACCGUGUUUAGCACUCCCCUCCUUCUGCUCCCAGCAUGACCUCCACUGUAAUCUGCUUCACUCUGGCCAGCUUGUUUCAUCUCCCACCUGUGUGGCCCUUCCUCGACUGAUGGCUAAAGCUUGUUAACACCAAGGACACAUUUAUGCAUUUAGCUGGUAAAUGUUGGGGGUUAAAAAGAGAGCCAGUGAUCAGAGGACAUGCAGCAGAGGAUGAAGAAGCGUCACCUCCCUGACACAUUUUGAGACUGUCAAGUAGGCAAACUUUUCACUCACCUGACCUGAGGAUGUCCCCUUUUUUUUGGCCAGGCUGACGAAGAAUAGUUAGCUGCUUUAAGUGUUCACGGAGACCACACAGGACUCUUAAAGUAAACACGUCAGUCAAGAGUCACUAUGGGAACGAUUUCUAAAUAAAAUAUGUAUACCUGGUGCCACUUGAGAAAGGGCUAUUUGUCAGAGGAAUGAUGUUCAACAGUGUAGGCCAUCUCAUUUUUCUCAGCCAAUAUCACCGUCCCUUGAAGUAAGCCGGAUUUGUGCUGCCUGGCAUUUGCCUGCAACACGUUCCUAUCAGAUAUCCUCCCAGGUUUGAGGGAGAGAAAUAGGGGGGCUGAUUGAAGGGAUAAGUUUCGGUGUUGGAAGGACAGCAGGAGAGCGAGUGCUAGGUGAAAAAGAUGUGAACCCAAUCUUCCAUGUGUUGACUAUACUGAUUAGGGGCUUGUGCUAAGAAGAACCUCUCUAUCCCCCUCAUUCCUUCUGUUUACUUUGAGCUCUACCAACCCUUCACGGCACAGGAAUCUGCAACCAGUGUGCCCUCCUCACCCGUCUCUUUUCAGCUUUAGCUAUAUCACCUGCAUCACUCAAAGUACAAGUACUCCUUUGUAUGCCAGUCUGGUCCAAUUAGAAAAUUGCGGCUUAACUAGGAGUAAGAAGGGCUUUGGUGGAGGUGGUACAUCCAUUAGAGAAAGAGAAAUUGGCAGUGUGAGAGCUUAAAAAGAUAUCUAUGGCAUGUCUGGAUACUUUCUUGUUUUGUAGAGGUCUAACAGCUCUUCAAGUGUAUACAGUAUUUGUAGAGCCCAGUGGAGCCCUGUUGAUGCAAACUCAGCCCAUUAAGGGUUGCAGGGUGACUGCAGCUAAGUCCAGCUGAUGUUUUGGGACACUCAAAAGCCUGCAGGGAGCUCAAAGUAAAGAGGUGGGCUGAAAGCAAACUACAGAUCUGGGGAAUAAUAAUAAAUAGAUAAAUAAGUGGGAAGCAAUGGCAUGGAGAAGCUGGGGACAUAGCACAUUUAUUCUCACACAGCACGUUUGUUUAUUUAUGGCGUCUGAAGGCCCAGUCUGGAUGUCGGCUUGGGGCUAGGGGAGUACCCGGCAUAGGCUUUCCCCCUCUCAGAGCUCAGCUCCCAAGCUUUCAUUAAGUGUCAUUACUAGUACUUUCAGGAAGCUGGCCUGGCUGAGACCUGACAUCCCCUCCGCAGAUAGUUGGCCAUGCAUAUGGAUGGAUUUCUGAUCCCUCUCAUCCACCACUGAGGAGGGAGAAUUAGGCCAGCCAGAAGGAGAGCAAGAGGCUUAAAGGGUCCGUCCAUAUCUGUCUUUAAUGGCAAAGAUUGAGCUAUUACUGCAAAAGAGGGACUGCGUUCAUGUUUGGUUUGUUGUUGUGUGUCAGUCAGGUUAUGAACAUUGUGUGUGUUUCACUUAUGGUUUUCUCCUUGGGGCCAUGCAGGUCAUGUAGACUGAAGUCUAUACAUUUAAAUGCAUUAAUGCUCAUGUCAGGGAAUGUUUCUUUCUUUCCAGCCAGUUGUACAUCAUACCCACAAUGCCAUUUAAGAAAUAUGCAUUUCUAGCAGUUUGGUAUUCAUUAGCAAUUUGUUCUUCCAGUUCACUCACUUCGAGAACGUCCUCUGAUUGAUGGGGGUGUUGUGUUUAUUUGUAUAUCAUGGAAUGAAAUAUUCAUAUUGUACGCUUUUCCGAGCAGAAGUUAUCUAGAUUCGGUGUAAAUGGUACUUGGGAUUAGAUUUUCACAGCAGAUUGCUGUUAUUAAGGCGAAAAGCCAACUCCUUUGAGCAGUCAUCUUCCUGGGAGGCAAUCUAUUUCUCUUUCACGCAGCCAGAGUGCUGGACCGGGCUCUUAAUGCACUGAAGCAAAAGUGCUUCGGUCCGCAACCUUUCACGCCUUCAGCUCUCCUUUAUGUGAUUGAAUAGUUAAUAACUAUGAGUCGCCUUUGAAAGCUCUGUACGGUCGGCCCUUGUGAGGCACUUCUCUUUUUUGUGUGUGUUUGGCUGCUCUACCUGCCCAUUGCUCAGUCUGUCUGUAUGUCUACUUGCCCCAGAUGCAGAGUCGACUGAUAGCCCACCUCUUCUCCAGCAGCCCCUCUUACUUUCAUCUCUGUCUCUCGCCUGACUUGCUGCUUCUGUGUCUGGCUGUCUGGCUGUCUUAGACCGUACAUCAGAAUUUUUGAGGGCUAAGGAUCAGCUUUUUCAUCUGAUAUUUCCUUUUUCUCCUCUAAAAACAUUCACACAAACACACACACACACCCGUAAACACACUGACUCACACAGCUCAUUAGCCCAUCCCACGCUCACAGCUCUGGCAGAAUGUGACCCUACUUAAUUGUGUACCAUGCUCAUUUGUUCUCCCUGCAUGAUGUGACGAUUGCUUAUUUAUUCUCCUCAGGGCUUCCAUCUCACAUUAAAAUGAUUGACUCAUUUCAUUCACUGCACAUUUUCAAGCUUUAUUUGAUAAGCUCAUUUCCCCUGGCAUUCAAAUCCCUCCUUUUCCCAUGCUUAAAAGUUAUAAUGUUACCCAGGCACAUUAUUAUUCAUACUCAGGAUUGUUUCUUCAGCUAAUUAUCUGUGUUAGAAAAUAAUUUUGCACGUGUGAUUCUGUUUAUUCCGGUGGAAUUGAGAAGCACAAAAGGGCAGACAUUAACGAUGCAGUUGGAAUGACUGAGGAGCCAAUUGUGUACACAAAGCUGGCAGACGCGGUCAACAAGAAGCUUAAGAGGGAUUGGGACACUGCGAAAGCUUGGCCAGAAUAAGCAGAGCAAAUUUGCAUUGUAUUACAAUUUACAUCUGGUUAGAGAGCGUUUCACAAAUAACAAAGCCAUCAGCCUUUUUUGUCCAAUCAUGUAAUGAGGGAGUGUUUUGACACAGAAGGGAGCAUAACAAGCAUUUGCUGAUUGGGGGUCUGGGCAGCAUUGUUACGGGAGGAUUUAAGCUCUUGUGAUUUUGCCAGCUGACAAUUGUUGUUUUUUUUUCUCUUCCCUCCAGCUACUGUAUAUGAACCGAGCCUCAGUGGCACGGCAGCUGCUGGAAACCUGCUCAGUGCAAUGGUAG